GGCCGUUACCUGUGCCGGCUUCAGCAUGAAGACCCUCAUAGCCGCCUACUCCGGGGUCCUGCGAGGUACUGGCUCCAGCAUCCUCUCUGCCCUCCAGGACCUCUUCUCCAUCACUUGGCUCAAUAGGUCAAAAGUGGAAAAGCAGUUGCAGGUCAUCUCGGUGCUACAAUGGGUCCUGUCCUUCCUCGUGCUAGGAGUGGCCUGCAGUGUCAUCCUCAUGUACACGUUCUGCACCGAUUGCUGGCUCAUCGCGGUGCUCUACUUCACCUGGCUGGUGUUCGACUGGAACACGCCCAAGAAAGGUGGCAGAAGGUCACAGUGGGUCCGAAAUUGGGCUGUGUGGCGCUACUUUCGAGACUACUUUCCCAUCCAGCUGGUGAAGACUCACAACCUGCUAACCACCAGGAACUACAUCUUUGGCUACCACCCCCAUGGCAUCAUGGGCCUGGGUGCCUUCUGCAACUUCAGCACAGAGGCCACGGAAGUGAGCAAGAAGUUUCCCGGCAUAAGGCCCUACCUGGCCACGCUGGCGGGCAACUUCCGGAUGCCGGUGCUGAGGGAGUACCUGAUGUCUGGAGGUAUCUGCCCCGUGAACCGAGACACCAUAGACUACUUGCUAUCAAAGAAUGGGAGUGGCAAUGCCAUCAUCAUCGUAGUUGGGGGUGCCGCUGAGUCCCUGAGCUCCAUGCCUGGCAAGAAUGCCGUCACCCUGCGCAACCGCAAGGGCUUUGUGAAACUGGCCCUGCGACACGGAGCCGACCUGGUUCCCACCUACUCCUUUGGAGAGAAUGAGGUCUACAAGCAGGUGAUCUUUGAGGAGGGCUCCUGGGGCCGAUGGGUGCAGAAGAAGUUCCAGAAGUACAUUGGCUUCGCCCCGUGCAUCUUCCAUGGCCGAGGCCUCUUCUCCUCUGACUCCUGGGGGCUGGUGCCCUAUUCCAAGCCCAUCACCACUGUCGUGGGUGAGCCCAUCACCAUUCCCAAGCUGGAGCACCCGACCCAGCAGGACAUCGACCUGUACCACACCAUGUACAUGGAGGCCCUGGUGAAGCUCUUCGACAAGCACAAGACCAAGUUCGGCCUCCCAGAGACUGAGGUCCUGGAGGUGAACUGAGCCAGCCCUCAGGCCCGCCGCCGGGAGCAACCCGCUGCAAGUCAUUUUCUACCAAGUUCUCGAGUGCUUUUUGUUCUGUAAAUUUGGAAGUGUCAUGGGUGUCUGUGGGUUAUUUAAAAGAAAUUAUAAUAAUUUUGUUAAACCAUUACAAUGGUAGGUCUUUUUUAGGAAGGAAAGAGCAAAUACUUCAGGCUUUUUCCCUUCCAGUUUGUCCUGUUCUAGGUGGUGGCUAAAUAUCUGGGCCUUUAUAGUUUCCAACCAACCCCUCUCCUUCCCUUCCUGAAACUACAGAGACAACUUGGUCCUGGUUAACUGGGGAAGGAGCCGUUAGCGACCCAGGCCGGUUAGAUGAUCUGCUCUUUUCCCUGGAGGAUGAGGAGCACAAGCCGCUUCUGACAAACGCCUCUAUUCCAGCUCCCUGGACUUGGCUGCAGGACUAGUCCCUCCUGCCAAGGGGAAGCCCCGAAGGGCACAGCCGCCCCUAUUCUGAAGAGUGCAGUGAUGAGCACCUGGAUGGUUCCAGCUUGAUUCUCCUCUCUGCCACUUCCCUCACCCCCAGGCUGUCCCUCCUGAGCCUGGACUGGCCUCCGGAGAGGCCAUGGGGGUGGUGGUCCCGUGCUGGGGAACAGGGCUGUCCCAUUCACACUCUCCUGGAUUAUCCAGCUGCCACAUUCUGGUUGGAGUGACUGGUUUUCCUCGGGGUCAAUGACGUGGACCCAGCACCCACCUGGCCUUGGCCGGAAUCCCAUACUUUCCAGUGGCCUCGGUUUGCUUAACCCGCACCCCUAAGUGUGGGUGUGAGGAAGGGGCCCCUCUUCCUGUUCACAGAGGAGCCUGGCCUUCUGAGUAUCAGACUGGUUCUAGGAUAGGAGGUCCCCAAACCUACGCCUCACAUAUGUGUGCCUUUUUGGGAGGAUGGCAUCAGGGAGGAAACCCAGCCCUUCCUCUGUGUGUUCUGUUUUCUCUUGAUGAGAUCAUUGUACCAUGUCAGACUUUUGUAUAUUCCUAAACAAAUAAAUAAAAACAAGCGUCUUCUGA